ACACACACACACACACAUGCCAGCAGUCGGUUAUUAAUCACUACUCAACAUCACUCAUUUGGUUUUUCCUGAUCAUUCAUUUCGGCAAAGUUCCCAAUAUGAAAUGUGUUUUUUUCAGUAAUUUAGCAAACGAGUGAAUCGCAUCUGUGUUUCUGAUAAAUUAAUUAAUUCUACGUUCUGUUUUAAUUGGUGUAAAAGCUUAUUUGGGCCAACCCCAGAAAAUGUUCAGAACUUAAGAAAAUAAAAAUAACAAGAUAAAAGUUGAGAUAAAACUAUUAAAAAACUCAUUUCGUAAUGAAAGCAAAGUCAAAAUGUUAAACUCCUUAAAAAAGUUAUUCCCAGAAGAAAAGUAUUUUUAGAAAAAUAAAAGUCAUUUCUGUUUCUAGAAAGCAGCUGAAAUGUGCAGAAAAUAGUAUUUUGCAAAGGAAGCAGUUUGAAGCGUAAUACUGAAAAAAGCUGGUUCUGUUUUAUACUAUAGGAUUAUUAUAUGUUAUAAAUAAUAACAUAUUUAAUAAAUGACAAACACUAACAGAAGUAGUUUCCUGACUGAGUCUGAGGUGUAGUCUGUACUCUAACGUCCUUCAAAAUAAGAGUCUCAGACUUACACACCAAAUGUGUUUUUAAUUAAAUGAGACCUGCAGCCAGAAUAUCUAGUUAUUCAGGCAAAUCCUUUACAAGUAAGUACGGGGUAUGUGGCAAGAUCAUUUCCCUGUUUAUUAAAACCUAUUUUAGGUACAAAGUGGUGGCUUUUUAGGAUUUUACUCUGUUUAGUUUUUGGUGCGUUUUAUCCCAGAAUAAAAACUAUAAUCCAGGGAUACUAUUUGGAAUUUUUCUUCGUUUUCAACAAACAACACGUAAUAUUUUAAAAGUCUCUAUUACAUUAUUUUAUUGCCUAGGAAAGGCUGUGAAGACGACCACUGUAGAAGAUGAACAUGCAGCCUAAACGAGACAGUUAUAAGCUUUGCUUUAUCGUUGACCGUGUCUAGCUUGAAAUUUGCCUUUUUUUCCUAAAUUACUUUUCUAUUGCUUUCAAAUACUUCAAUACUUUAAUUACUUUAAUAAUUUAAUACUUUUCAAAUACUUCUGUAUUUUUAAUUAACACUAAAUAACCACAGACAGCAAAAAAAGAUGUACGACAGUUGGACUUGAUCUUAAGGAGAAGACGAGCAGUGUGUGUGUGUGUGUGUGUGUGUGUGUGUGUGUGUGUGUGUGUGUGUUACAGGCAGAAUUAUUCUGUACAAGUGAUGACACCUAGCAUGUCAGCCUUCCAACAGACUGUCGACCACCUGUCGAGUGGAGAUAAAGUCCUCCUUAGUGUAACCGCUGUGGCCAAUGAAACCCUUCUGGGAGACACCGUCACUACGGUCUCGUACACUACUCCUUUACGGGUCUUUAACCUGAUGCUAACCUCAAAUGACAGCUCCAUCCGUGCGUCCUGGAACUACACUAAAAACAUCACAAAUAGUAAUGGCUACUUCCGCACAGAGCUUCAGUUAGUAGGAAGCCCCACCUAUCAACAGAUGAAACACACUACGGAUAAAUGCAUCACGUUCACUGGCCUUCAGACUGCAGCUAAUUACACAGUAACUGUCUACGCUGUCAGUGGAGACCUCACAAGCCCACCAGUGUUUGACUUCAAGCUGACACUGCCCAAGCCUCCUACUAAUGCCAUGGUCAGAUCCACAUCGACCAACUCCAUCACCUUUGCAUGGACCCCGCCCGACAACGUGGCUGAUAACGUUGUGUACAAAGUCUUUAUUCAGUCUGGAUUCUGGAAUUAUUCGAAGAAUGACCUUGUGUCAAAUCAAAACAACUACACGUUUGCAGCCUUGAAAUCAGGGACCAACUACAGUUUUUCUGUCUUAAUCGUUACGGCAACGGACACCAGCGAACGAGCGGAGUGUACGGGGAGGACAGAUUCAGUUAAAACUGUGGUCAGCCUGUCAUUGCUGUGCUCCUCAAGCACUGCUCUCCACUGUGAUGAUCCUAAAACAAGAGCAGGUGUUUUAGCCAAGUUGAGGGAGCAUUUGGGACACUGGCUGGGACAGGAUAUCAGUUGGAGCCUCGAGCAGUCGACAUCCCCAAACACAUGAGACAACAAAUGUUUUGAAAGAUAAAAAGAACUCAAAACGCAUUUGAUUUACAAGCAACAGACAUGAAACCUUUCCAACUACACAAGGCCAAAAGCCUUUUUUUUUAAAAAAAAAAAAAACAGAUAACGAUCAGCCUGGUCCGGAGCAUACAGGUGUGUGUGUUAGCUCCUGACAUCGACACCAAUCAUAGAGGACAUUUAUUUCCCAACAAUUUGUUUAUUUUAUGGGAUUUUAUCUUAGGAUUUUCCUGACAACCUCACCAAUGAGGUCAGAUUGCACAAAAUCCAGAGAAACUGUAAAAUCCUACUGAUUCCAAAGUCCUUGAACAGCACUCGUUUCUGCACAUUUUGCUUCCUCCACUUUUUGUGGUUUGUCUUUUUGUUUUUACCAGGGACCUAAUUAAGCCAGUCCCAUUCAUGUAACGAUGAUGAGUAGUACAUGAAUAAAUGCCAAAGAUGGUAAAACUUUACAGCAAUGGUUCCUUUUUUAAUAUUACUGCAUUAUUAAUCAUUAGUGAACAAAUGAUCCAUUUAUUAACAUUAUUGUUAACUAUUAAGUGUUAGGACAAUGGGCCAGGGGGUGUCUGCUUAGUAAUGCAUUACGUGAUAUGGUUAAGCAGUUGUUAAUACUUUAUUUAAUAGUUUAUUAAUGCUUAAUAAUGCAUUAAGUAAUGUUAAUAAAGGGAUCCUUAUUGUGAAGUGUUACCACCAAAGAAUUCUGCUUGACAAAUAAUAUCAUGUUACAAAAACGUGUCCUUGGGUUUUCAUAAGAUGGUCUUUGAUGCAAUCAUCAUUUCUACUUAUUUUUACUGAAAUAAGGUAGAAAUGUAUGUAAAUGCUGCGAUGGACUGGCUCUCUGUCCAGGGUGGACCCCGCCUGAUUGCCCAUUGACCGCUGGAGAUAGGCACCAGCCCCCCGCGACCCUACGUGGACAAGCAGGUUCAGACAA